AAUUAGUAAGGUGAUAUGUACAGAGUUGUUUUCUUAUAGAGUUGAAGAAUUAGGUACUCAUAGUUUUAAAUUUCUUGUAAACAAACAGUAUUCUCUGUCAAGCCGUCAAAAGAUUUUAGUAAUUUAACGCCGUUACAUGCCAUUAGAAAAGCCCAAUGUUUCUCCAUCUUUACACCAACUAAUAGCUACAUAUAAGGAUUUGCAAAAACAAUUAGAAGAUUCUGCAGAUUCUACUGCUCCAGAAGAACGAAAGAAAGAAAUUAUGAACUUAUUACAUGAAUUUAAUGAUGUUAAAGAUGCUGCCCAAAUUGUUAUUGGCAAAUUGGCCAAUAUGCAGGGUAAAACUAUAAAAGAAUUACAUUUGGAAUAUAACUUACCCUUAAAUGAAUAAUAUAAUAAAAUAAAUAAUUUAUGUUUUUAAAUAUUA